AUGAUUAAUAAAAGCUCAAACGUGGUACCCGGAACGCAAUUGUGUUACCGCGCAUUGUAUGCUACUAUUGUUGGCGAACAGCCACUUGAUUGUCUUCCCGGCACAAGUGUGAAGAUGAGUGAAAAUGGCCCGGUGCUCGUCGAUCAUGUAAUGCGGGUUGCUAGACCGUAUAUACCUAAUGAAUCCCGGCGGGGAUAUAAUAAUAAUAAUAUUAAUACUAUUAAUAAUAAUAAUAAUACUAUGAUGACUGGAGAGUCCCCGGCGGCGGCGGAGGAAAUGCGGAAUGCGUUGAUAGAUUUACGCCGGCAAAACCGUCAAUACCAUCGGGAUCUCGAGACGUGUACACAACAGUUGGAAAUGCGAAAACAGGAAGUGCAGGCACUGCAGAAUAAACUCCGCGUUGUACACAUGCAAGCACGUAAACUCGGAUACGAUUUCCACGACCUUGCUGAUAAAGGAAAUACUAAUAAUAAUAAUAAUAGUAGUAGUGGUGGUAGUAAUACUAAUACUAUUAGGAAUGGGUAUAGUAAUAAUAAUAAUAGUAGCAAUGGAAGUAGAAAUGGAGAACAUACACGUCCUCCAUUACCUCCACUUCGUCUGGAUAUUAAUAAACACGGCCCACUUGCAUCUCCACCUCCUCAUACUAUCACUACUACAACUACUACUACUACUACGAAUAAUAAUAAUAAUAGAAAUAGUAGUAAUAGUAAUAGUAAUAGUAAUGCUAGCACGAGUACGAGUACGACUACGACUACUAGUAGUAAUAGUCAUCCUAGUAGUAAUAGUACUACUAGUGGUGGACCAGUGACUCUCCAAACAACACUAACAACAACACCGCCGCUACCGCCGAUAUUUCAACAAGACUCUACUCAAGAUAUAAACUCUCUCACAACGGAUAGAGGUGGAACUAUGAAUAGUCUCUCUGCAUCCGAUACCGUAGCUGCAGCGACAAGAGAAGAAACACCCCAAGUUGUAGAAAAUGAUACUAUGAAAAAAGAAAUGGAGGUAUUGGAGUCUAAUAAUAGUAGUAGUAUUAUUCAUUCUACAUCUAUGAAUCGCAAAAAUGGAAUCUCUCUUCCUGUUUUACCACAACAUCUUCUUAGUUCAAAUCCUGGGGCAAUGCUCUUUUGUCAUCAUUGCUGUCUCUUUCUAGCGCCUCAUCCUGUUAACAUUUCUAAUCAUCUACAGAGUGAGGGACAUCAUUGUAAUGUAAAAACCCCACUUACUUCUGGGUUAACAUACACACAGUUUGGAAAAUUAGUGCAACGGAUGCCUAGUUUUAUUGAAGCCGUUACGGUGGUUUCAGAGGAACAGAGAUUAAGAGAAACGGCUGCGGGGAAUCAUUUUUUCGAUAGUGGUCUUGACAUUGUACACUCCAUCUGUUCACUCUGUCAAGAGAUUGUGACGACGCAAAGUUAUAAAGUGCAUGAGUCGUUGGCGUCACACCGUCGAAGAGCAAUGAAAACGAAAGAGGAUGCUUCUGCUGUUUAA